AAUUCAUGCAGCGAAAAUUAGAUAUUUUUCAUUACAAAGACAAGAUUUUGGGAAAAUUAGAAAGAAAACCCCCAAAUUGAUAAACCCCAGUUGAUAACAAGAACACUUUUGAUUUGACCAUUGAAUUGGAGAUAGGAUUGUUUGUGCGGGCCAAGGUUGAGGCAUUCAUCUUUCCAUAUUCAUCAAAGUCUUCAAAAAAAAAAAAAAUUACACUGUCUUAGAAAUGACACGAUCCUUGGCAAUGGCUUCUUCAUCAAUGUUAUGUCCGAGGCUGGGGAAUUGUGCAGUGUCACCAUCCUCUUCUAUUACUUCACAUACAAAAAUCCAAUCUUUUCAGCUCUCUCCAAUGUUCUCUCCACUGGGUCGAGGCCUUUUCUCACCUUGGAGUGGUUUAAAGCAUCUGGGCAUCUCAACUAGACCAAAGCCCCUUUUUCCCAUAGAUAGAAAGGGAGGGUGUAAGGGUAAAGUGGUUUAUGCUUCUCUCUUUGGAGUUGGAGCCCCUGAAGCUCUGGUCAUUGGGGUCGUUGCUUUGUUGGUUUUUGGUCCUAAAGGUCUUGCUGAGGUUGCUCGAAAUCUGGGAAAAACAUUGCGUACAUUUCAACCCACCAUUAGAGAGCUUCAGGAUGUUUCAAGGGAAUUUAAGAGUACACUUGAACGGGAGAUUGGUCUUGAUGACAAUUUAAGUCCAACCCAGAAUCCAUACAAUUCCAACAAUCGCAAUAGCACAUCAACUUCAUCAUCCACUGUUGACCCAAAUGGUACGCCGGAUCCAAUUAAAGCAUACAGCUCUGAGGACUAUCUUAAGAUUACAGAGGAGCAACUUAAGGCAUCUGCUGCACAACAGCAAGGGCAAACACCUCCUAAGGAAGGCGAGAUUGAACCUCAAAUCCAGCCUCCUGCUACUACUGUGCCUCCACCUCAGAAGCCAGAAAGUGAGAAUUUGCCUCUGGAUUCAUAGGGAUAGGGAGUUGAAAGUCACUUGUCCAAUAGCACUUCAAUGCUCGGAAUGUGGGCACUACUAUUGGCAUAAGUUAUGGGAAUGGUCACGCAAUUUUGUAACCGGGUAGUCAUUAGAAUUAUGUAAAAAGUAAAGAAGAAAACCAACACGUAUUGUGUUCCUAAAUUUGUUGUAGUUAAUGAUUUAUUGAUGCUGAUUAUCUGCCCUCCUUUUACAUCAAUAAAUAUGAUCAUCUGCAUUCAGGAA